UGGCACCGCCGGGUUUUGAGCUCCUUCCAAAAGCAUAUUCACACACGACAGAAACUUCGCUAUCGUUGCUGAUGCGGCGCCGAUGAGAUUCUUCGUACCCCCAUCGCAACUGCACCACGACCAAAUUCACCAUGUGUUUCGGCGCCCGGGAAGAUGUUGAGGCCAAGAGGAGUCGGGAGAUCGAUGCGCUCAUUCAUCGGGAUGAGAAGGUAAUGCAGAAGGUCGUGAAACUCUUGCUAUUGGGAGCUGGAGAGAGUGGCAAAUCUACGAUACUGAAGCAAAUGCGAUUGAUCUAUACCAAGGAUGGAUUCUCAAAGAACGAGAAGGAGGAAUGGCGGGUCAUCAUCUUCAACAACAUUCUCGAUGGCCUGCGGAUGACGAUCGAUGCUAUGGAGGACUUUCGCAUCCCUUUCGAGUACGAACACACCGCAGCCCAUCUCCCAGUCAUCAUGCAAGAAAAGGACCUUCGGCCGUACGAACCGGUCCCCGUCGAAUAUCUACGAGCUUUUAGGGACAUGUGGAAGGAUCCUGGAAUCCAAAAGGCGAUUGAGAGAGGCAACGAAUUCGCACUACAUGAUAAUUUGAGCUACUUCUUCGGUGAUCUCGACCGAUUGUUUAGCAAAGAGUUCGUUCCUACCGACCAAGAUGUUCUUCGAGCACGCCUCCGUACCACUGGCAUAACUGAAACCGUUUUCGAUUUGGGAUCUUUACAAUAUCGGAUGUUUGAUGUUGGUGGACAACGAUCGGAGAGAAAGAAGUGGAUUCACUGUUUCGAGAAUGUCAACGCUUUGAUGUUCUUGGUAGCAAUCAGUGGAUACGAUCAAUGUUUGGCAGAGGAUAAAGAUGGCAAUCAAAUGCAGGAAGCUCUGAUGUUAUGGGAGUCGAUUGCCAAUUCCCAUUGGUUCAAAAAUUCGGCUCUGAUCCUUUUCCUGAAUAAGAUGGACAUAUUCAAGGUCAAGAUCAAGCAAAGCCCAAUCACCAAAUUCGGCUUCUCCGAUUUCCAUGGCGAUACCGGCAGCGCUGAACAAACAAGCAAAUACUUUAUGGACAAGUUCGUGGCUCUGAAUCGAAGUCCGGGCCGGGAAGUCUACUCGCAUUUCACCAAUGCCACGGAUACCGAUCUUCUGAAAGUCACCAUGUCCUCGGUCCAAGACAUGAUCAUCCAACGAAAUCUCCAGAAACUGAUCCUCUAAUCGACCUUCCGAUGUUACGAAGAUACCAGCCUUACGGAUUGAAUCGAAGAACGGAU